UUCUGACGACGCCUUUAGUUCAUUCAGUUUUUCAUUAUGUCUGCAGAACCAGACAACAUUUCGUUGGCGUGUUUUGGUGGUAACCUGUUGAAAAGUGAUGAUCACAAGUUUUGGGAUGAUUCCCAAAUCCUCGCCACGGCUAGCACGGAAGCCUUUUGGGAUGAUGAUGAACCAGAGGAGAAAAUCCGGAAGGAAAUUCUUCGAGCGAAGCAUCAGUUUCAUCUCAACAGACAGCUGCUGAUCAAGCAUCUUCCGAGAGAUGUCACAGAAGAGGAAAUCCGCGACAUGCUGUGCGACUUCCCGGUGCAGUGCGUGCACAUCCAGAACGGCGGGACCGGCUCGAAGGCGGCCAAAGUGAUCCUGGAGGACCCGGAGAUGCUGGAGGAGUGGGACCCGAACAAGAACUUCUUCCUGCGGGGCCAGAAGAUUCCCGUGAGCCCGGGCCCCACCGACGGCAUGCUCUGCGUCGCCCGACUCCCCCUCACCAUGACCGAGUCCCAGUUCACGGACCUCGUCCGCCCCUUCGGCGAGAUCAGGAGACAUUUCCUCAUGAUCAGCGAAAAGACCGGUGAAAGCAAAGGAUAUGGCUUUGUUGAAUACACUUCAAAAGACUCGGCUCUUCAAGCGAAGAGUUGUCUAGACGGAAAAUACUUAGAAGGCUGGAGUUUAGUCUGUGACUGGCUGGAUAGCCGCUUAUUAACCUUUGAAUCUCUUCAUUCAAAAUGCUUGUAUGUUGAUAAACUACCCAAAGACUUCAGGGAUAUGAGUGAAUUUCGAAAAGUAUUUUCCUCAGUUGUCAAUCCUCCGUAUUGUCAGAUCGCCUUAAAAAAUGGUUAUCCUCAAGAUUGGGGUCUUGUUGAGUACAGUAAUGCUGAAGAGGCCGAAGUAGCUCAAGUCUCCCUGAAUGGAUACGUUUUAAGAGGCCAGGCAAUUAGGAUUAGUUACUAUAUACCAGGAGUACAUGCGAUUAAUUUGUACUUAAAGCUUCUCAAUGAUACGUCAUCAAAAGGCAAAGGUGCUGGACUGUUACCAGAGCCAUCUUGUCAGACGAUUGUCCAGUCUCUGCAAAAUAUUUCAAAGCAAAAUCCAAUCUUCGCUCAAAACCUCCAAAGUAUUAUUCUAUCUCAAAUCCAAGCGACCCAGAAUGGAGGGUCAGAAACUGAAACUGUCAAGAAACCGACAGUGCCCACUGCAGGAACUAAUGGAACCGUUAAUCCAGCCAAAGGUGGUCCUCAGCGUAAUGGAACCAAUUCAACUAAUCCUAAUAGGUUCACUCCGACUAAUGGUGUUGACUCAAAUAAGACGCCCACACCAUCAUUACCCUCAGUUCCUCGGAAAAACGGCUCCACUCUUCCGCAGAAUAUUUCCUAUCUGAAACCCAAUCAGAAAAUUGGAUUAGCAUCUAAUCCAACACCACCGAAUGGCCCCAGCAGUGUCGUGAGCGUAAGUCCGCCAGUCGGUGAAAUCGCUCCUCAUACAUUAUCUGUUACGACGACAACUGAUGCCGAGAGUCAGGUUAAUCUUUGGAAUGGCUUAUUGCGUCAGAUGCCACCCCACACGGCGAGUUUCCCUCCGCCACCUUUGGUGCAAGAUGCACCAAGAGCAGCGUAUCCAAUGGCUCCUCCGCAAUCAAGUUUCGUACCAGAUCUUGCCGCUAAUUUGCCCCUAGAGGUUCAACAGAACCUCAUGAAUGUGAUAACCAACCCCCAGUCCCUGAACCAGCUUUUGACAUCUCUACGAAGUAUGGGUCAGAGCUAUCCCGGGACACCUCCCCCACCUGCAGUUCCUUUCCAAUUCUCCUCGUCGGAUACGACGUGGUCAGCUCCUCAAACUCUACAACCCCAAACUCUUCUACCCACUUCUAUUUCUGUCCCUGUGGCUCACAGUCAAAGCCUCUUUCCCUCAUGGGGAGCCUCCCCUACCUUCUUAUCCUCACCAAGCCCUCAAUCUUUAUUCUCCCCCUUUGGAGCCCCCGGUUUAAUCUGGUCUCAGCCAGCGACCGUCCUUGCAUCACCCCCACCACCUCAGCUGUCCACGCCUAUCGGUCAGAAGAGGCGUUUUCUACCAUCGCCUGAACCGAGUCCAGAAGGUAACUACAUUGGUCAGCAUUCACAGGGCAUUGGUGGACACUACGCUGACUCUUACUUUAAGAGGAAGAAGAAGAACUGAGGCGGAAGCUACUUACUUUUUACCUCAUUGUGAUUUGUGCAUAGUGAUCUCCUAACUUAUUUUUCCUGCGGAAAAACAUUACGAUCUGUCAUCAGAAUGAAGAUCAGUGCUGUACAGUAGUCUUAAUCACCCGGUACUAAAUAUUGUAUAAACUAUGUGCAAAAGAGCGCCUUUUGCAAAAAAUUCACAUUUUGAUCAAUAAUGUGGUACAAUUCUGGAAUCAAACACAAACCAGAUUUCUCUUCAUUGUUAUCUUGAGUAUGAAUCGAGCGUUUAUAAAAAUGUACACCAAAGUAUUUCAGCGAAAGUCGCUUGCUGGAAACUCUUCCUCACUCAUUUGUGUCUUCAGAUAUCCAUGUAGCCUUUUCUUAGUACAAAAUCAGCGUAAAAAUUGUUAUAAGCGUUUUCUUCUAACUUUGUAAAUUCUCAAAUAACUGAGGCAUACAUUUUUAAAGUCACAAUUUCCUAGAAAAUCUAAUGUAACUCAUCACAAAUUUACAUUUUUUAUAAUUUCAUCUUGUAGAGAGUGGUCGAAAAAAGCAGGUCAUUUAUCUCUAUGUUAUUUAUCUCUAUGUUCUUGAGCAUUGCUGCAAUGACUAAAUCAUUUGCAGUAAUUGUGAACAAUGUCUUCUCAUCCUGAAUUUUGCAAUCGUUAAUUGAACUCAGUACGUAUGCAGAACGUUUUUUGUAUGUUCAAGAACGAAUGAAAGAGGAAUGAGUGGUAUUUUACAAUGUCUCAUUUCAACUCAUUGAUUUGCUCUACUGUUCUUCAGUAACCCAAUGUGUAAAGAUCUUUAUCAAUGUAGUUUUCCUAAAAUCUUUUGUAAAAUAUCAUUUGAAUCAACGCUGCCCUUACUUUGUGGCUCACUGACUGAGUUUAAUUGUGAUACUGUAGCUCUGCUCCUCAACGUUAGUUCUUCAAUUGACUCAUAAAUUUAAGUUUUUCAUUUUCAGUUGACGAAUGAAUUGAACAUAGUUCCUUUUUGUUUUUAGGAAUUCUAUUUUAGCUGUAAAUUUAUUUUGUCCUUUCACGAAAGACUAAUAAGUCUGUUAGAUUAUUGUUUCUUUUCAACGCUGUCCUUUUUAAUUUUCUCUCUUAAUAUUUCUGUCUUUUAUUUUUCAUUUUUUCUUUUUUUUAAAAAAAAAAAAUCAAUGGCCUCUUACCAAACACUUGGUUUUACAAGUGGGUAUCGUCCCUUUUUUAUUAUCUUUAUGAAUGCCUGUAUCACAAUUUAUUGUAGGCACUAUUUUUUUAUUAUCAUUUUUUUUCUUUUUGAUGUGAAGAAAUAUCAAUUUUGUUCUGAAAAUCCUUAGACUUGUUAGCUAUUUUUUGUUACUUUAGAUUUGUUAAAGAAAUAUCCUCGGUAAUACUCAAAAAUUUUCUCGCUUUAUUUUUAUUUAUUCAUUUUUUUUUUUUCGUGUACAGUAGCUCCUUUACUAAGGAUUUUGUUGAUCAUAUAGACAUACUGUAAAAGUUAUCCCCAGUACAAGUUUCCUUUCGGUUCAAUGUAACCUCUUAAAUCUCACAUUAAAAAAAGAAUAUUAUAUUUCAUUUUGACCAGACAUUUAUCAUCACGCUUUGUAAAUUAGAGUUCAAAAUACUUAAACUCUCUAUGUCCUUGCUUUAAAUGUAACAACUAUAAAAUACCAUUUCAUAUAGUAACGAAACUUGAAUGAACAACCUCCCGGAUAUUUUUGAGAUUUUUUUGCUCGGGCAUUUUGCGUUAUGUUAAAUAAAAAUAUGCUAACUUACUGUGUUGAAGAACCAGGGUACUUUUUCCUACCCUUAAAUCAAGCUCAACUAAUCAGAAAGCCAGCUUUCAGCAUUGCAUUAAUUUCCCACCUGCCUUAUUUAUUACAGACAACAUUUAAUGGGUACUUAAUAGUCAUUUUCCCUAUUUUAUCUCCAUUGUAGUAGGAAAUAUCUAGGUGAAAUAUUUUAUGGACUGAAUAUAAUCGUAAAGCCUCAGAAUCUCAGUGUCUAUUAAUCGAUAUGUUAUUUCAGUAGGAACCCUUAUUUUAUUUAAUUUAUUUCUAGUGCGUUGAUUCCGUUGAAUCAAGCUCUUCAUCUCACCUUUUUAGUGGAGCAGCAGCAUUUUCGCUGCCUUAAUACCGGAAACGAAAUUUUUUUAUUUUAAUUUGCUCUAUUUUGGUGUAUCUCUCUCAUCAUUGUUUGACUUUUUCGAGAUCUUCAUUUUGCACAACGUAGAUUGUACAAAGUUUUGGAACUCAAUUUGAAUAAAGAGCUUAUUUUUAAAAUCAGCUUUGCACAGUCCUAUGAAACAAAUAAUCAAUGGUAUGUAGUAAAUUCCCAAUGAGCUCUGGUUCCUUUUUGCAAAGUGCUGUCUAAUUUUUUACUUGUUGAUAAUGAAACUUGCUGUUGAUGUGUUUAUAAAUGUGGCCCUUAACUGCUGUUAUGAUUUUUAUUCAUUUCCGCUGAAUUCUUAUUCAUGUAUGUUGAAAGAUGUGUUUUGCAGUUACGUAUUGUCACAGCUCUUUCAGUCAAAGUUAAAAAACUAAAUCCUGUCCGACUCGCUUUUACAGCGGAAGCAGAACUAUUUGCUCAAUGAAUUUCCAUAAUACUCUAUCUCCAAAUAGUUACCAUAAAAAGUAACAAGCUUUAAGAAACCCCUUGUUUCACUCUGAAGAGCUUGCAAUAGUAUUCAAUUUGAUCAUCACAUAGCAAAUCCAAAGUUCGCUUUUGAAAGAGCUCAACCCUACUUUAUUAAAAUUAAACUUUUAUUGAAAAUAAUACCGCUAAACUUUUCUCAUUAAUGACACCCAUGGUUUAUAUGAAAGCUGCCAAUAGAUUUAUGCAGUGUAGAGGGCAGUUACUUUCUCUUUUUUCUUCUUUAAAUGUAAACUUUAUUUCGGUGCUUACUGUAUUAGACCUGUGAAAUUUUUAAUUAUUUGGUCUUGCGUAUUAACACAUCUCCUUUUUGCUUGCAUCUCUUAAGUGACUCAAUUUUUUAACUAUGAAGAGGGCCCAUUCCUUUUGUCCUCAAAUGCUCAGUAACAGUUAUGAUGAUUGACGAGGAAAGAUCAAGUCCAUACCAUUUGCGAGCAUCUUGCAAGAGAAACCUUUUUCUUAUUCUCAUUAAAUUUUUCCCCGAAUUUUGAAAAUGAUCUUGCAACAUUAUUGGUACCUAUAUAAAAAAGUAACCAGAGACAAUGCCACCAACAUUUUAAAUUUUGGUUUUUGUUAGCCCUGACCAACUUUAUGUAUUUUUUUAAAAUUAAAUUUAAUAUUAGAGAUUCCCAUUGUUGAAAAAUUCGAUUUUCUUUCUAAAAUAAGCUGGUAUUAGACUUAAGCUUUACUUAAAUUACCAAAAAAUUGUUGUUAGCCUCAUGCAUUCUUCGCUUUGUUGAUUUAUGAGAACUUAAAGUGACUUGCAAGCAACCUUGAAAAAUUGAGGUCAUGACCAUUUAAUACCUGUAACUCUAGAGUGAAUUAGUGGCUCCUCAAAGAAGUAUCAAAAUCUUUUCUCUUUCAAACUAAAUCACAAUAUAUCAAGUCAUGUUUUUCUCACUACCAGUGGUCAGCAAAUUUUCGAGGGCCAGAGAUACGUAGGUCAUACAUACUUAAGAGAUCCUUCGGUCUGACCUCUCAACUUGUCAAGUGUUCAAGUUUCCUGUUGGCUGACAAGUAAACUUGUUUUUAAGAAUAGUUAUAGUAGAAAAAUUCACAUUAAGUGUACUUCCCAUUAUGAAUGUAUUAGUAUGAUAGACUAAAUUGCUGCAUUGUGGAACAAGGAAGCUCCGCAAGGAAAAUCAUCAGAUUAUAAUUCUGUUACAUCGUUUUUCGUAUUUUAUCAUUUUUGUAUUUGAACUUGGACUCUGAAAAAUCUUUACCUCCCUCAAUGAAAAUUUUUCAAUUAAGUCUUAAAAGAUCUCAAGAAAAUUUCAUUGAUUGUAAAGACACUAUGGAAUUUCCUGCUUCUCCUUUGUCUGAUCAAAGUGCUAAGUUUUAAUGUAAUUUGUUGACUUAUUUGUUCAAAUUGCCUUAUUUUUCAUAACUUGUUGUAGAGUUAUUAAUAAAUUUUAUUUUAUUGUGUUUUCGUAAAAAAAAAAAAAUAUGUUCUCCGAGCUUUUUACAUCAAUUGUUAACGAUUCAAGUCUUUCUUUUUCUCUCUUUUUAUCUUUUCUAAGUUAUGUCUCUGAAGGAUUCUUCCUCUGUUUGCUAAUAUAAUUUAAUUUUGUCGAUCAGAGCAAAUUGAGCCCUUGGAACAGUUAGCUUCAAAUCGUAAUGCCGGAGGCUUUCCCUUUCUUCUUCUCUCAACUUUGAUUUUUCCUUAAAUAUUAUCAUACAAUUUCUUUUCUCUUUUCAGUAAUUUAAUUUUAAGUAUUUCAUUUCUGUAUCUGUUUUAUGUUCUAAAGACUGAGGCUUUUUUGUUUACUAAGAUCAAACUUAGUAGAUUUUCUUACAAGUCUCUCCAACAUUCUCUGAUCACUUUUCAAUACUCACCUUUUAUAUGUGUAAGAUGUCUCUUUUUGGGUUAAAAACUUCAACUUAAUGCUCUUCAGCUAUGAAUCAAUUCAUACUUCUUUUUAUUUUAUCUUCUCCAGUGUGUCUCAUGUUUUUAAAAUGAAUGCGCCAUCAUAAUUUCUCUAGUCCGUUUUCCUUAAUAUUUUUUCCCCUCUGGUCACAAGAACAAUUUUUAUCAAUGAGGUAGAUCUGCUCUAAGUUUCUAAAAUACAAAAAAAUCGUCUAUUUCAAGCAUAAUCUUAUGCAAGUACUUCAUUUUAUUUCAUCACAAUACGAUGAUGCAAGAGAUUCUGUCCGUUUAAACAGUCUCUUUUUUUUUUAUUUUAUGUUUUUAUUGUGAACACUCUUUAUUACGGCAAAUUCAUUAACUCGAUUAUUUGAUGAGACACUUUUUUCUGUGAAGAACUAUUUGAUUUUGAGAAAUUUCUUCUACUUUCUUGUGACUAAAACCAGGCAACAGUUAAUGUUGACUUAUUCAGUAGUGUUUUUUGUCGACCGCUUUGGAGCCGUGCAUCAAAUACGUAACGCUGAAAUGAGGACUUUUUCCCCCCUCCUCAUCAUAAUUGCAGCCUGUAACAUGGGUUUGCGACACCCAUAAAAAUUAUGUAACGCUCUGUUUGACUCUCACUCAAAUUAGCGUUUUGUGAUGAAUUAUGGAUGGAAAAUUACCACUUCAAGUUGAUUUUUCACUUUAGUUUUUUUUUAAUAAUCGGCGCCUCGCUCCCAUUUUAGCAGUACAUAAUGCUGCCCCCUUUUUCCCCAUGAUGCACUAGUAAUGCGUGCUUGGACCCGCCAUUUGUGUUAUGUAUUUUAUGAACGGCCCCGGCCCCUCUGGUAAAAACUUCCAAAAUCUUGUCUUCUGAAAAGUUGGAAAUUCACUUCAUUGUUAACUGGGUUUAACCUCAUAAAAAUUUUAUGUUCGUUUCCCAUUUUUGAAGUUGAGAUUUCCGCAUUCAACUGUUCUUUUUGCGGUUUGAUCUUCUUGAACAAAAGCCCUUCGAAACUUUUAUUCAUUGUGUAUUGACAUAUUUUUCUUCUGUGUUUGUAUCUUUCUAGUUAUUAAGUUCAUUCAAUGCGAAACGCAUUUGUAUACAUAUAGCUUAACCCAUUGAGUUCUACUAGAAUUUUUAGUCUCUUAUGAUUUGCAAAAGCCUUCAUUUUUCUUUGAUUUUAAUUCUCCUUUUUAAUUGUGAACUUUUCAUUUUCGAGCAAUGUUUUCAUUUUUCCUUAGAUGUUAAGGUCUUAUUUUAUAUAUUUUUUUAAUUAUUUACUCAAUUUCUUUGUAAACUCUUUCUCCGACAACUUUUAUGAAUGUGCAUCUAUCAUUUUAUUUUUCGGAUUAUACAUGCCACUUUAUCAUAUUUUA